AUGGUCCAUGAGAACCUCAGGAAAUGCAUUGUGAGCAACCAUUAGGAAGUUUUAAUAUAACUUUUUUAGCUGCUGCUCAAUUUUUUCAUUUGUUUUUCACCAAUCAUUCAUCCCUUGACUGUAUAUCUCGACACCGACGACGCGCCGUUGCAACAUAAAAAUUACAAACAAGCACUACUGAUAUACGGAAUGAAUGCGUCAAAUCAUGUCAGCCUGCUGUGCUUACACUGCAAAUUUUUUAUCUUAAUUGCAGAACGAGUUCUGGCAUAUCGGAAAAGGGAAGUCUAUGAAAAUACGAAAAACAAUUACGUUGUCCGGAUCUUCGGAGUUACGGUACGUGUAAAAUACUAAAUAUGCAUAGAAAACUUAAUUUAGUUCAUUUUGUGCUUUGUCGAAUUAGCGUUUAAACUCACCAUAUUUUUGAGCUACGAUACGGAGGACGCAAUUGAUGUUCGGCUGCUGAAGGCACUGACUAUAUCAGAGUCUCCCAGAUAUUUCUUGAUAUCGUUUUUCAUCUGCUACAAUUGCGGCAUCAUCGGGUAUUUGGUGAGCUAAAAUUUUGUUCGCUUCGGCAAGGUCUGACUGCUGCGUAGGUUAAAGGACCAGAAAAGGUAUUUUUUGAACCGAUUUUUUUAUCGGCGUAAUCAGGCAAUUUCGUGGCGGGACUAUCAAGGUAUGUAUGUGUUCUCGAUUUUUAGAAUGGAGAAUAAACUUCUCCUGUGAAUUUUAAAUGGCCGAUUGGCCCAGAAAGAUUGAUAUUAGUGCUGAAUAAGAUGUGCAAUUUCAGGAAUUCCAUCGAAAAUCGUCAUAUAAGUUCAAAAAUCAUGUUGUACUUCAUGAAAAAUUGGAAAAUUACUGAUAUUGUUCGUCUUUCAGGUUCUAUUUGAUCUUCUAGGCUCAUUGUCAGAAAGAUGGCAAAACUUUAGCAUUUACUAUUCAUGUUCCGUUUUUAGUUCAAUUUUUUUCCGUUUUAUCCAGUUUUUUUUUUGAAUUUUAGGUAUCUCUUUCCAUGGAUGCUACUCUGAACAUGGGGUCAAGUUCCUUGACGAAUUCAAAAACAACUCACAGAUCUUAAGAAAAGGUUUAUCGCUAAUAUUAGAUUAAAAUAGAGAAAAUAUAUUUAGAUUGAAAUAGAGAAAAAGGGUGAAAUACUAUUCAACGUUCAUGAAGCGAUAAUUUCCCGUGUUGAUGGCAUUGUUCUAGUCUCCAAGGCCUGCAAAACGUAGUCUUUUCCCGACGUAACAGGAAUCUGAAACAAAAUGAACAUUUACAAACAAAUUAUUGCUCAAAAGUUCAAGCUUAUUACCCAAAAAUCAAGUUUUAGCCCAAAUUUUGAUAUUAUCCAUGGCAAAAGUGCAUAGUUCUUACAAAAACGGAGUAUUAAUAACAUGCUUUGUUCUGUAAAACGUAUAUCAACUCGUGGACUACUUCAUGCAGUGAUUAACUAAAGCUAGAGCACUAAUUUCACUGAUAAAAAUAUAUUAUUCAUGAUACCGGUCUGUCUAAAAAAUAAACACAAAAAAAGUAAAAUUCCCACCCGUCCACAUGUGUCCGUCGACCAUACCCAUCCACGAGUCCGGAUUCUAACUGCUUCUAAUCGUCCAAUCCUUCUUGUUCGGAGAGAUAUCUAAAAAAGUAACUGAAGGACAAAAAAAACAACUUACACGAACGGGUUUGAUGUUUUUCAUCGAGUUCCUGGAAUGACCCAGCUCAUUCAACAUGUGAAGCAAUGGUUUUGGGCCAAUCGGCCAUUUAGAAUUCACAGGAGAAGUUUAUUCUCCAUUCUAAAAAUCGAGAACACAUGCAUACCUUGAUGGUCCCGCCACGAAAUUGCCUGAUUACGCCGAUAAAAAAAUCGGUUCAAAAAAUACCUUUUCUGGUCCUUUAAAAUCCCAUAUUUUCAGUGUUUCCGGAGACUUCAGCGCAUCGCUCUGGAACAGCGACAUAAGAGCCGUUCACUAAGCGAACGUUUCGAACUGCGACAGACGGAGGUUAUUACUAGUAUUAUGCUGUAUUUAAGUAAGGUCUACAUAUGUUUCCUUAUUGGAUGCUCAUUAAGUCUUAUUCCUACUGUGAGGCUGGCAUUUUGGCCCUCGAGAGAAAACUGGAAACGGCUUUUCAGGCUUGCGAUCUUGGUAGGUUCGUUGGACGCCGUUACAAUGUUCACUUUUAGUAUUUGCAUUGCGGCGUUGGCGCGUAUAAUGCGGUGACCACAGUCUACACUUUUCGAAAGAUGAAAUUUAUGUUCAGAACGGCUCCAUUGGAUGCCAACGCGGCGUCAAGGAAAGGUCACGUUGAUCAAUACUUUUUAAAGUUGCAAAACGAUUGGAAAAUAGGUGUGAACAAAGGUUGA